AUGUCACGGCCCUGCAGGAGUCACGACCCUGCAGGAGUCACGGCCCUGCAGGUGUCACGGCCCUGCAGGAGUCACAGCCCUGCAGGAGUCACGGCCCUACAGGAGUCACGGCCCUACAGGAGUCACGGCCCUGCAGGAGUCACGGCCCUGCAGGAGUCACAGCCCUGCAGGAGUCACGGCCCUGCAGGAGUCACGGCCCUGCAGGAGUCACGGCCCUGCAGGAGUCAUGGCCCUGCAGGAGUCACGGCCCUACAGGAGUCACGGCCCUGCAGGAGUCACGGCCCUGCAGGAGUCACGGCCCUGCAGGAGUCACGGCCCUACAGGAGUCACGGCCCUGCAGGUGUCACGGCCCUGCAGGAGUCACGGCCCUCCAGGAGUCACGGCCCUACAGGAGUCACGGCCCUGCAGGAGUCACGGCUCUGCAGGAGUCACGGCCCUGCAGGAGUCACGGCCCUGCAGGAGUCACGGCCCUGCAGGAGUCACGGCCCUGCAGUAGUCACGGCCCUGCAGAAGUCACGGCCCUCCAGGAGUCACGGCCCUACAGGAGUCACGGCCCUGCAGGAGUCACGGCCCUGCAGGAGUCACGGCCCUGCAGGUGUCACGGCCCUGCAGGAGUCACGGCCCUGCAGGAGUCACGGCCCUCCAGGAGUCACGGCCCUACAGGAGUCACGGCCCUGCAGGAGUCACGGCCCUGCAGGAGUCACGGCCCUGCAGGAGUCACGGCCCUGCAGGAGUCACGGCCCUGCAGGAGUCACGGCCCUGCAGGAGUCACGGCCCUGCAGGAGUCACGGCCCUGCAGGAGUCACGGCCCUGCAGGAGUCACGGCCCUGCAGGAGUCACGGCCCUGCAGGAGUCACGGCCCUGCCGGAGUCACGGCCCUGCAGUAGUCACGGCCCUGCAGGAGUCACGGCCCUGCAGGAGUCACGGCCCUGCAGGUGUCACGGCCCUGCAGGAGUCACGGCCCUGCAGGAGUCACGGCCCUACAGGAGUCACGGCCCUACAGGAGUCAUGGCCCUGCAGGAGUCACGGCCCUGCAGGAGUCACGGCCCUGCAGGAGUCACGGCCCUGCAGAGUCACGGCCCUGCAGGAGUCACGGCCCUGCAGGUGUCACGGCCCUGCAGGAGUCACGGCCCUGCAGGAGUCACGGCCCUCCAGGAGUCACUGCCCUACAGGAGUCACGGCCCUGCAGGAGUCACGGCCCUGCAGGAGUCACGGCCCUGCAGGAGUCACGGCCCUACAGGAGUCAAGGCCCUGCAGGAGUCACGGCCCUGCAGGAGUCACAGCCCUGCAGGAGUCACGGCCCUGCAGGAGUCACGGCCCUGCAGGAGUCACGGCCCUGCAGGAGUCACGGCCCUGCAGGAGUCACGGCCCUGCAGGAGUCACGGCCCUGCAGGAGUCACGGCCCUGCAGGAGUCACGGCCCUGCAGGAGUCACGGCCCUGCAGGAGUCACGCCCUGCAGUAGUCACGGCCCUGCAGGAGUCACGGCCCUGCAGGAGUCACGGCCCUACAGGAGUCACAGCCCUGCAGGAGUCACGGCCCUGCAGGAGUCACGGCCCUGCAGGAGUCACGGCCCUGCAGGUGUCACGGCCCUGCAGGAGUCACGGCCCUGCAGGAGUCACGGCCCUCCAGGAGUCACGGCCCUACAGGAGUCACGGCCCUGCAGGAGUCACGGCCCUGCAGGAGUCACGGCCCUGCAGGAGUCACGGCCCUACAGGAGUCAAGGCCCUGCAGGAGUCACGGCCCUGCAGGAGUCACAGCCCUGCAGGAGUCACGGCCCUGCAGGAGUCACGGCCCUGCAGGAGUCACGGCCCUGCAGGAGUCAUGGCCCUGCAGGAGUCACGGCCCUGCAGGUGUCACGGCCCUGCAGGAGUCACGGCCCUGCAGGAGUCAUGGCCCUGCAGGAGUUACGGCCCUGCAGGAGUCACGGCCCUGCAGGAGUCACGGCCCUGCAGGAGUCACGGCCCUGCAGGAGUCACGGCCCUGCAGGAGUCACGGCCCUACAGGAGUCACGGCCGAAAAACACUGGAGUGAAAUAUGGGCUACCAGAUACAUUUGGAGGACACGAACUGCUGUCAGGUCUGCCUGGUGAAUCGAAGAGAUCAGCAAAAAGUUACUUUUUGUGGCCGGACAUGAAUAGAGAAGGAGUCUAG